AGCUGUCAGUCCUGAAUCAAAACAAAUCCAAAACGUACGGUGGAAAACGUAAAUAAGGAAGAAAAGUGAAUUUCCAAGUGAUUUCUGCAUUUUUCUCGACGAGAUAAGCACGAUUCACUAUGGGUGAACGCAAGGGGCAGAAUCACUACUACCCACCGGAUUACGAUCCGAAGGUGGGUAGUUUGAACAAAUGGCACGGUACCCACGCUUUGCGGGAGCGAGCUCGCAAGAUCCAUCUGGGAAUCAUCAUCAUCCGGUUCGAGAUGCCCUACAACAUAUGGUGUGAUGGUUGCAAAAAUCACAUUGGCAUGGGUGUUCGAUACAACGCAGAAAAGACCAAAAUAGGAAUGUACUAUUCCACACCGGUUUACCAAUUUCGGAUGAAAUGUCACCUGUGUGAUAAUCACUUCGAGAUCAAAACGGACCCGGCGAAUUUGGACUAUGUGAUAGUUACCGGGGCAAGAAGACAGGAAAAUAGGUGGGAUCCGACGCAGAACGAACAGAUUGUGCCUGAAACGAAGGAAGUACAGAAAAAGCUUUUCGAUGACCCGAUGUACAAACUCGAACAUGGCGCCAAAGACAUCCAAACCGCAGAGGAUGCUAAACCAUUGCUGGGGAAACUGUACGAAAGGAAUAGCAGCGUCUGGAGGGAUGACUUUGAAGCCAAUAGUCGACUUCGUGCAGAAUUUCGAAGUACCAAAAAGCAAAUAAAACAACGGGACGAUAAGGACAAGGCAUUGUUGGCCAAAUCGGGUCUUGAUAUCUCGCUUCUCCCUGAGAGUGAUGCCGAUCGGCGGAUGGCCGCUUUGAUGCGAUUACACUCAGCUAAAUCCAUCGCAGAGAAGGACCGUGACCGAAAGUUGGCCAUCAUCACCAGGCCGGCCUUGCCAUCUACUGCGACAAGCGAAAGUGGAAAACUGAAAGUUAUCAGUGCCAAACCGGAGGUAAAAAACCUUGGAAUAGUUAGAAGGCCUACCACCGCAUCGUCGGCGGCGUUACAAUUAGCUGAUGUUAAAACUGGAAGCAAUGCGUUGGAAGGAAGUGCACCAUCGGCAAAGAAACCAAAAUUGUUACUGUGUAACUAUGGUUCGGGUUCUAGCGAUAGUGAUUGAUAUGUACGAAUUGAAAUAAAUAAUUAACUAAAAA